CAGUUCGUAUUUGCCUCUGAGAAAUUUUUGUCAGAAAUAAAGUCUCAAAUUAUUUGUCUCUCUGCCAUGACGGAGCCAACGAGCCACUUGCUGCCGCUCCACAGGAUCAUCAUGCUGGGCGGCGAGGGCGUGGGCAAGUCCGCCCUCACGCUGCAGUUCAUGUACAACGAGUACGACGACGAGUACGAGCCCACCAAGGCGGACAUCUACAGGAAGACCCUCCAGCUGGACGGCGAGCAGGUGCAGAUCGACAUCCUGGACACGGCCGGCCAGAAGGUGAAUGUCGUGAUCAGAGACAGCUACUAUCGCCGGGCCGAUGGCUUCCUCUGCGUUUUCUCGAUCGCCGACGAGGGCAGCUUUCAGGCCACCCAGGCAGCCAGGGACCUUGUCCUGCAGCUAAGGAAGGACGAGAGCGUGCCCUUCCUGCUGGUGGGCAACAAAAGCGACUUGAAGGAGGAGCGCCAGGUGCCGCUGGGCGAGUGCCAGGCGCGGGCUCGCAAGUGGGGCGUCUCCUAUGUGGAGACCUCGGCCAAGCUCCACCAAAAUGUGCAUCUGGUAUUCUACGAUCUGAUGCGACAAAUAUCCUCGCGAAAGGCCAGCGGUUCGAUGGCCACAAACGGUGGCAGAAAGUGCAAGAAAAAGGGCUGCCAUGCCUGUGCCAUUCUUUAGGGCG